CCGCCUACUGGUGAAGCCGCCGAGGAGUGGGUUGGGUUGAGAGGCACCCAUUGGGAGACAUGGCAAAGGGCAUGGAGCCGGGCCUGGAAGGAGGAGAAGCCCUGAAAGAAGGCUGGUUCCGGGAGACGUGCAGCCUGUGGCCCGGGCAGGCCCUCUCCUUGCAAGUGGAGAAGGUCCUGCAUCACCAGAGGUCGCCCUUCCAGGAGAUCCUGGUCUUCAGGAGCAAAACCUAUGGGAAUGUCUUGGUCCUCGACGGUGUCAUUCAGUGCACGGAGCGAGACGAGUUUUCCUAUCAGGAGAUGAUCGCCAACCUGCCGCUGUGCAGCCACCCCAACCCACGCAAAGUCCUCAUCAUUGGCGGCGGAGACGGCGGCGUCUUAAGGGAAGUCGUCAAACACCCCUCAGUCGAGUCCGUAAUACAAUGCGAGAUCGACGAGGAUGUAAUCCAGGCCUCGAAGAAGUUCCUCCCAGGGAUGGCGGUGGGCUACGCCAGCCCCAAGCUCACGCUGCACGUCGGGGACGGGUUCGAGUUCAUGAAGCAGAACCAAGAGGCCUUCGACGUGAUCAUCACGGACUCUUCGGACCCCAUGGGUCCCGCUGAAAGCCUGUUCAAGGAAUCCUAUUACCAGCUGAUGAAGACCGCUCUGCGGGAAGAUGGCAUCCUCUGCUGCCAAGGGGAGUGCCAAUGGCUGCACCUGGACCUCAUCAAGGAGAUGCGGCAGUUCUGCAAGUCCCUCUUCCCCGUCGUGGAGUACGCCUAUUGCACCAUCCCCACUUACCCCAGUGGGCAGAUUGGCUUCAUGCUCUGCAGCAAGAACCCGAAUACGAACUUCCGGGAGCCGGUCCAAGAGCUGUCGCAAGAGCAAGUGGAAGAAAUGACCCUCAAGUAUUACAACUCUGACGUCCACCGGGCGGCCUUCGUUCUGCCGGAAUUUGCACGAAAGGCGCUGAGCACCAUCUGAAAAAAACACCGGCGGGCCGCAUUCCUUCCAAUUUAUGUAUUUGUACAAAUGGAACGAAAGACUUUGAGGUUUGGAUCCUGCCGGGGUCGCCGAAACCGCCAUCCAUCCGGGCCAGGCUUUUCACCCAUUUCUCAAUCAACCGUUUUCCCAGAUUGGAAACCGUUUCGACUCCCGGCGUUGGCUUUCCACCUUUUUAACUCUGUAUUUAUAACUGACAACAUAUCCCCCGAGUUUCCCUUUAGCCAUUUCCUCCCUUUUGGGAAAUUCUGGACUCUAAUGGGACAGAAGGAACUGACCGACAAGUUGUUAGGUAUGUCUUUGGCGCCUGUUGGAAGUCUUUCGCUCCUCCUUGAUUCCUUUCUCCUUUCCCAGCCACUCAUGGAUCUCUUUCUUUCCCCUUCUUCCCACUUUUUUGGCCUUUGCUCUCCUCAAAAGAGGGAUUCCUGUGCCUGCGGUUAAUACCCUUGAGGUCAUGGAUUUCGAUUUUCCGCGCAAAAAACAAAAAAGGUCAAUUUUCCGCGCAAUUUUCAUUUCUCGAUUCUCGUCUGCGGAGAAUUGUACUUAGCUUUAAAUACAUAAGAAAAAUACAAUUUUUUUUGUUCUGUUACAGGGUGAGAGAGGGAAAAAAAGAGGAAUGUAUAUUUGGAGUUUAGCGAGAUGUAUCCCCAAUAUGUAUUUUGUAGUAUGGGGUGCCCCGUUUAUUCAGAGGGCGGAUAUUCCUUAAAAACACAUCCAAGGAGGUCAAGUGUUUCCAGUGGUUUACAUUCAGAUCAUAAUUUUGUUGUAAAUCCUAUCGGGUUUGUUUCUAGAAGCGAGUUUUGCCUGUCCAAAUCCAAAACAUAUCUGAAUCCGUAAUGGGAAAUAAUAUGGACAGGGAAGAUUUGUCAAUACGUUUCUGCCCUAUCCGUAUUUAGCAAUAUGUUUGAGAUUAUUUCAUAUCCCGUUGGACUACAAUCUCGAGCAUCCCUGACCAUCUUGCCUCAGGAUUAUGGGUGUUGGAGUCCAAGCACUCCACGGUUCGAUUGCUUUACAGGUCAAGGAGUUUUGUUACAAGUCAUAAUUUCUUGGUCCAUCCAUCCUGUUAACACUGGAAUUGGAGAAAUACAUGUCGACCUCAGCAUCACAA